UACUUGCUGCUGAUUGGCUGUCUGUCAAUGUUAUGAGAAUCCAUUGGCUAGCAUAACACACGCCUCGACUCAACUCGACUCCAACACAACGCACUACAAGGUGAUCCCCUGCUUUGUCACCCAGGCGGCAUCGAGCAUGUUGACCGCACGGAAGGCAUGCGCGGCCUUGGCUGCCAGACGGCUCCUCGGCGGCGUGUCUACCUGCUCCUCAACAUCCUCCCCCAUCAACUGCCAGUUCCACACCGCCUCGACACACCGCGAGCAGGUGGAGCUACAUCCCAAAUGGGUCAAAUUGGCCAAGAAACAGCUCAAAGGGAAGAACCCAGAGGACCUCAUCUGGCGUACGCCAGAGGGUCUUAACGUGAAGCCAGUCUACACCAAGGCGGACUCGAACGCAUCCGUGGAUGAGCUGCCUGGCGUGUUUCCGUACACUAGGGGUCCCUAUCCCACCAUGUACUCCUCCAGGCCGUGGACUAUCAGGCAGUAUGCGGGCUUCAGUACCGUGGAGGAGAGCAAUAAGUUCUACAGGGAUAACAUAAAAGCCGGCCAGCAGGGCCUCUCGGUGGCCUUCGACCUCCCCACGCACCGCGGCUACGACUCGGACAACCCCCGGGUCCACGGCGACGUGGGCAUGGCGGGCGUCGCCAUAGACACGGUGGAGGACGUCAAGCUGCUGUUUGACGGCAUCCCCCUGGACAAGAUGUCGGUCUCCAUGACGAUGAAUGGGGCGGUCAUCCCCGUGCUGGCCAUGUUCAUCGUGACGGGCGAUGAGCAGGGCGUGGACAAGGCCAAGCUGACGGGCACCAUCCAGAACGACAUCCUGAAGGAGUUCAUGGUCCGCAACACCUACAUCUUCCCCCCGGAGCCCUCCAUGCACGCCAUCGCCGACAUCUUCGCCUACACGUCCAAGCACAUGCCCAAAUUCAACUCCAUCUCCAUCAGCGGGUACCACCUGCAGGAGGCGGGGGCAGACGCUAUACUGGAGGUGGCAUACACCAUCGCCAACGGCUUGGAGUACUGCCGCACAGGGCUCAAGGCUGGCCUCACCAUCGACGAGUUUGCCCCCAGGCUGUCAUUCUUCUGGGGAAUCGGCAUGAACUUCUACAUGGAGAUCGCCAAGAUGAGGGCCGCCAGGCGCCUCUGGGCCACGCUGAUCCAGGAGCAGUUCCAGCCCACCAACCCCAAAUCCCUCCUCCUCCGUACCCACUGUCAGACCUCCGGCUGGUCCCUGACGGAGCAGGACCCGUACAACAACGUGGUGCGCACGGCGAUCGAGGCCAUGGCGGCGGUGUUCGGAGGCACCCAGUCCCUCCACACCAACUCGUUCGACGAGGCACUGGGCCUGCCCACCAUCAAGAGCGCCCGCAUCGCCCGCAACACCCAGAUCAUCAUCCAGGAGGAGUCGGGCAUCGCCAAGGUGGCGGACCCCUGGGGGGGAUCCCACAUGAUGGAGUCCCUGACCGACGACGUCUACGCCACCGCCCUCAAGUUCAUUGAGGAAAUCGAGGAAAUGGGAGGCAUGGCCAAAGCUGUGGCAGAGGGAAUUCCUAAACUACGCAUUGAGGAAUGUGCAGCGCGAAAGCAGGCUCGCAUCGAUUCAGCCACUGAGGUCAUCGUGGGCGUCAACAAGUAUCGCCUGGAGAAGGAGGAGACAGUGGAGGUGCUGGCCAUCGACAACACGCUAGUCCGCCAGAAGCAGGUGGACAAGCUCAAGAAGGUGAGAGAAAGCAGAGACACCGCGGAGGCCAAGAGGUGCCUCUCUGCCAUCGAGGAGUGUGCACGCACCAGAGAGGGAAACCUCCUGGGCCUGGCUGUAGACGCAGCCCGGGCAAGGUGUUCGGUGGGGGAGAUCACAGAUGCCAUGAAGGCAGUGUUCGGGGAGCACAAGGCCAGCACCAGGAUGGUGAGCGGCGCCUACCGCAGUGAGUUCGGGGAGCUGGAGGAGAUCUCCGUGACCCACAACAGAGUGGUGGAGUUUAAGAACAACGAGGGCAGGAACCCCCGUCUGCUGGUGGCCAAGAUGGGCCAGGACGGACACGACCGGGGGGCCAAGGUCAUCGCCACGGGCUUCGCCGACCUGGGCUUCGACGUGGACAUCGGACCCCUGUUUCAGACCCCUCAGGAGGUGGCCCAGCAGGCGGUGGACGCCGACGUGCACUGCGUGGGCGUCAGCACCCUGGCGGCCGGACACAAGACGCUGGUGCCCGAGCUCAUCAAGGAGCUGAGGCUGCUGCACCGUCCUGACAUCCUGGUCAUCUGCGGCGGGGUCAUCCCCCCUCAGGACUACAAAUUCCUGUACGAGAGUGGCGUGUGUUGCAUCUUCGGCCCCGGAACGAGGAUUCCUCAGGCCGCGGUUGAGGUGAUCGACAGCAUCGAGAAGAGCUUGGAAAAAAUUCGGCAGGUCAUGUGAAUGACUUUCGGGGGAAACGAGAAAGGAUUUUGACGCCCUGUGUCAUCAAAGUGGUUGUGAAUCUUUGCUUUUGUGCAAAAUGGACCCCUGUGGCUUGUUUGAGGUGUUUUUUGUGUGCAGAACCCACCAAGGUUAACGAGGCAAAAUGGAAGCAACACAUCAUGUUAAACCGACUUGCUUGUGUUAAUUAAAAAAUGAACAUGUAUAGUGUCUGUCGGUGUAUAACAUUUAUUUAGAUGAUUGACCUCUUUCUUUCAUAUCAUGUCGGAUCAAACGACUUGAUACCUUAUUGGCCAAAACUAGGUGUCACGGUUUCGAUUGAAUUUAUUCCAAUAGGUUAUUCAAGAGCGCACCAGAGGGAGGCCAAUGUCAAACCAUAUAUAAUAUGACCCAUAUUGUAUAUGACGUAUUACAGAAAACCACACUUGACGCAGUAGCCAUGCAUUCAAGUGCUAGAGAUCGAGGUAGCAUAUCAAUGUGGUUUCAGUAGGGUCUAGCGGUUGACUAGUGUUCAAUCUGGGAUUAGUUACUUAACUUUAACACCUAUCAGAAGUUUUUUUUCAAAGUGCCUUCGGCUCAAUGUUUUGAACAACGACGCUUGGCUGUUGUGUUCGGGAAGCUUUGUUGUUGAGUUGGUUGUUUAUAUCAAUCAUUAUAUAAUAGGCAGCAAUGUUCUUGCCUUAAAAGUCUUCAACAAGUUUCCAUAACUAAAAUGACUUUCAUCAUGCAUUACUAAUAGUCCAAUCAUGGUUCAAUUAGUGCAUUGAUAAAUUCUGUUUUGGGAAAUGUACCUUGGUUUACUUUUUGGUUGGCCCUAUUCGUCCUUUAGACUUUUAUGUCCUUGUUUUUCAAGAUGGCAUGAUGGAAAAUUUAUUGUCAACAUUCUUAUGAAAUAAAACAAAGAAAUUCCUACAACCUA